CAAGUCCAAUAUCUAAAGUCGCUUACCAUUUCUAGAAAACCAUCCUUCCCAUCCCCAUCUCAUCAAUCUACCAUCACCAAUUCACCAUGGCACAAGAGUUUUCGGUGGCGUUGCCACAGUACGUGAUGCUGAAGAACCAUCACAACCAGAGAUACCUGCGUUUCACACACGAAGACACAGCACAACACGGUUUCCUCCAGUUCACCGGAGAAACCGUCAUCAGCCCUCACGUCAAGUUCGAAGUCCAGCAUUCCACGAGCGCUGUAGGCCUGGUCCAUCUCCGGUGCGGCUACAACAACAAGUACUUGGUGCGAUCCUCCGACACCCAGCUGUGGAUCGCCGCCGCGGCGGACAGUGCCGAAGAGGACCGAUCCAAGUGGUCGUGCACGCUCUUCAGGCCCGUCUCCGACGGCGCCGUGGACAACCCCCAGGGGGGCCGGAACCCGCUCAUCCGCUUCCUCCACGUCCAGCUCAACCAGUACGUCACCCUGUUCCAGCUUCCGCCCUUCAACAACUUCGCCAUCGCGUCCUCCAGCCAGCCCGGCGGCUGGAGGGACACGUGCGAGGUCGUGGACUGGGGGUCCAUCGUCGUGAUGCCGAGGCAUCUGGUGUUCAAGGGCGACAACGGGAUGUAUCUCCGCGCCCUCGUAAUCGAGAGGUUCAACUACCACGAGUUCUCUGCCACGAGUAGCCGCGAGGCGACCGCAGGGAACGAGGUGUUCCCGAAUCCGGACGGGAGCAUCCGGAUCUGGUCGAAUCACUACCGCCGGUUCUGGAGGCGCAGCCCCAACUGGAUCUGGGGCGACUCCACCGACACGACGUCCAACAACCGAGACACCGUGUUCUGGCCCGUGAGGGUGAACCGUAACGUGGUCGCCCUGCGCUGUGCAGGGAACAACCGGUUCUGCAAGCGCCUCACGGCCGAGCGCAAGAUCAGCUGCCUCAACGCCUCGGACGUGACCAUAUCGGAGUUCGCAAUGCUCGAGGUGGUGGAGGAGCGGGUGAGCCAGAGGACCAUCUCCAACGUCGUCUUCCGCCUCAACGACGCCCGCGUCUACGACGAGACACCUCGAACCGUGUUCCGGAACAUCAUCGUCAACAACUCCCCACACACCAACAGCCCCACGCUCACCGUCACCUACGCAAACACGCAGAGCAAGAGCUGGCAGAGCAGCCUGUCCUUCAGCUUCGGGGUGACGACGUCGGUGUCGGGCGGAUUUCCGAAGAUUGCGGAGGCCGGGAUCGAAAUCAGUGUGGAGACGACGGAGGAAUACACGUGGGGCGAGACCUACGAGAGCAGCGCGGAGGUCUCGCAGGCGUACCCGGUCACGGUGGGUCCCUUUUCCAGGGCGACGAUCACCGUGAUGGUGACGCAAGGGAGCUGCGACGUUCCUUUCUCGUACACUCGGAAGGACGAUCUCUUCGACGGCACUUCCGUUACUACCAGGUUGGACGACGGGCUCUACACCGGCGUCAACGUCUACAACUUCAGAGGGGAGAAUGUGGAGGAGAGUCUCACUGCCGAGGAGAUGAUCAGGCUCGCCCAGGAGGAGGAGGAGAAGAAGAAGAUGGAGAAGGGGGAGGCCGACGGAGAACAAUGAUUGGGUUCAUCUUUGUUCGCCGGCCGGCGGUGGAGGGAGGGAGGGAGCUUAGUUUGAUUGAUCACUCAUGCGAUCAGUAGUAGUAACACUAAAUAAUGGCGUCCCAU